CUUAGUACAGUGCAAGUGCAAGUGCUAGUGAUGGAUAAACAAGAGCUAGAGAGCCCAGCUAGACAAUCAUUAGAGAAAUUGCAGGACAAUUGCACUACAAGAUCAUCACUCCAACGCUCCCUGUACACAAAUGGACUUGUGACACCCUACAAAUCUCCAGACUCCUCCUACCUUGUCCGAAUCAACUCAACCUCAUCCUUCAACUUUCCCAUCACCCCCUCCCGAUCCCCACAAUGUGACAUGCACAAUAAACCCACUUCUCCACAACCUGAUAGAUUUAUGACAACCAAUAGUCUGGAUCUACCGAUCACCCCACCCUCACCCAGUGUCUGCAUUCCGAGGCAUAUUUUACACAAGCAGACAGUUUUUCAAACCCCUGGGCCUUUGCCACGUGUCAAACGCAAGAUUUUGUGUUCGAAUACAUUACCCACCAAAGCAGCCAAGCCCUCUCCUGUUUCCCCUCAGCGCCCACUACAGAGACACAACUGUGAACUCCCUAUGCUGGAAAAGGUGGGUAAGAGAAACAGCCCUACAACAGGCAGAGGCCUAAAUGACACCAAUACUGAUCUUGUCAGUAUAUGUGUGCUUAGAGAGUCGGUCUAUAAAGAACUGUUACGCGAUUGGCAAGACGAGCUCAACAAGCAAAGUGAUGCCACUAUCUUUGUAGAGAACAUUGUCGACCGAGUAUCUCCACCGGUGAACUUUACAUAUAUCUCUUCUAAUCGCUAUGCACUUGGUGUUCCUGACCCUUCCACUCCCGAGGUAUCCAGCUCUCUCUGUGGCUGUGAGUGUGAGGAAAAUUGUGGUACAAAAUCAUCGUGUUGUCCUUCGAUGGCCGGUGUUGCGUUUGCCUAUACUAGAUCUGGAAACGUGCGUGUACAAACUGGAACUCCAAUCUACGAGUGCAACUCUAAAUGUUCCUGCCCCCCGGAUUGUGUUAAUAGAGUUGUGCAACACGGUCAACAAACCCCACUCACCAUCUUCCGAACCCCCAACGGUAGAGGCUGGGGUGUGCGGUCCAUGCAGCCCAUCAGAGCACACUCGUUUGUCACAGAGUACGUUGGGGAGGUGAUCACCAGCGAAGAAGCUGAAAAGAGAGGUCAUUUGUAUGAUGAGCAGGGAGCCACUUAUUUGUUUGACCUGGACUUUGAUGAUGAUAACUCAGAGUUCACCAUCGACGCAGCCAAGGAGGGUAACAUCUCACACUUCUUCAAUCACUCGUGUCAGCCCAACUUGGUGGUCUACUCAGUCUGGAUAGAGUGUCUGGAUAAGCGUUUACCGAGGAUUGCAUUUUUUUCCAGACAAAAAAUCUCCAGUGGCGAAGAGUUGACCUUUGACUAUCAUAUGAACCACAACCAAUAUAUUUCUGUAUCGCCUGCAACCCACAAGAAGAUGUGUCUCUGUGGGGCAGACAAGUGUUUGGGUUAUUACUACUGAACUUCGUUACUGAUGAUAACUAUUCAAAAUUUUUAAUUAUAAUUAUACUUGUCCGUAACUCUUAUAAUUAUACUUGUCCGUAACUCUUAUAAUUAUACUUGUCCGUAACUCUUAUAAUUAUACUUGCAGUCCAUGCAAUAUGAUUUUUAACUUUUUAAUUUUUACUGAAUUUCAUGUCUGUCCUAUAAUUAUAAAACUU